AUGGCUACUUUUCGAAAUGCGGCCCAUCAGAAGAGUCUGUCCGUGGAGGAGCGGGCGGAAAUGCGCGAGAAGUUCGAGGAGAUCGACACUAACAAAGAUGGUUUCAUCGAGCUGAAAGAGCUGAAGGAUGCGCUUGAUCAGGUCGGCUUCAAACUGCCCGGCUACCAGGUCCGCCUGAUGAUCGACGAGUACACGAACAAGCAACGGUCGCAACACGCCGGCAAGCUGUCGUACGACGAGUUCGAGUCGCUGUGCAUGGACCUGAAGGCGAAGGAUGUGGCGAGCACGUUCAAAAAAGUCGUCUCGAAGAAGGAAAACCUCGAGACGCUCGGCGGCAUGUCAGACUCGUCGGCCGCCGGUACCACACAUUCGGUGCGCGUAGAGGAGCAGCUCGCGUUCAGCGACUGGAUCAACUCGAACCUUAUGCCGGACCCGGACCUAAAGCACCUGCUGCCGCUCGAUUCCGAAGGCAAGCAGCUGUACGACAAGAUGAAGGAUGGUAUUUUGCUGUGCAAGAUCGUUAACCACUCCUGCCCGGACACGAUCGAUGAGCGUGCGAUCAACAAGAAGAACCUGACCGUGUACACCAAGUUCGAGAACCUAACGCUGGCGCUAGUGUCCUCGCAAGCGAUUGGAUGCAACAUUGUCAACAUCGAUGCGCACGAUCUCGCGAAAGGCAAACCGCAUCUGGUGCUCGGUUUGCUCUGGCAGAUUAUCCGCAUCGGACUGUUCAGUCACAUCACGCUGGACAGCUGUCCGGGGCUCGCAACACUGCUGUCGGACGGUGAGCGGCUCGAGGAUCUGAUGAAGCUGUCCCCGGAAGCGAUCCUGCUACGCUGGGUCAACCACCACCUGGAACGGGCCGGCAUUGCAAGGCGCUGCACAAACUUCCAGAGUGACAUCUCCGACUCGGAGGUGUACUCGUACUUGCUGAAUCAAAUCGCACCCAAGGAUGCGGGAGUUAACCUGGAAGCGCUCCGGGAACAAAACGCCUUAAACCGUGCCGAAGUGAUGCUGCAACAGGCGGCCAAGCUGAACUGCCGAUCAUUUGUCACCCCGCAGGACGUCGUGAAUGGUGUGUACAAGCUCAACUUGGCCUUUGUGGCCAACCUGUUCAACAAUCAUCCGGGUCUGGAUCAGCCGGAGGAGAUAGAAGGACUAGAAUCGAUCGAAGAAACGCGCGAAGAGAAAACUUACCGCAACUGGAUGAACUCGAUGGGUGUGAAACCGCACGUCAACUGGCUGUAUUCGGAUCUGGCCGAUGGAUUAGUCAUCUUCCAGCUGUUCGACAUCAUUCAACCCGGCAGCGUGCAGUGGAAACGUGUGCACCAGAAAUUCACCCCAUUGCGCAAAUUCAUGGAAAAGCUUGAGAACUGCAACUAUGCGGUUGAGCUGGGAAAGCAGCAAAAGUUUUCGCUCGUCGGUAUUGCCGGACAGGAUCUUAGCGAUGGCAAUGCAACGCUCACGCUUGCACUCAUCUGGCAGUUGAUGCGUGCGUACACGCUCUCGAUUCUGUCCCGCCUGGCCAACACCGGCAAUCCCAUCAUUGAGAAGGAAAUCGUCCAGUGGGUUAACUCGAAGCUGCAGAGCGGAGGCAAACGGACGAGCUUAAAAAGCUUCCAGGAUCCGGCGAUCGCCGAUGGUAAGAUCAUCAUCGAUCUGAUCGACACCAUCAAGCCGGGCAGCAUCAAUUACGAUAACGUGCGCGAAGGUGGCAAUCCGGAGGAGAAUCUUGAGAAUGCCAAGUAUGCCGUCUCGAUGGCGCGCAAGAUCGGUGCGCGCGUGUAUGCCCUCCCGGAAGACAUUACGGAGGUGAAAGCAAAGAUGAUUAUGACCGUGUUCGCCUGUCUGAUGGCGAUGGAUUACGUGCCAAACAUGGACAGUGCGAAAACUGCGCCACCGGUCGCUUCGGUCGUGCAGGCUCCGGCCCCACCACGACAGGAACCCGCACAAGCAUUUGAGAAUGAAACGACGGUUAUUACCAACGGUACGAACGGAAAUGGUGCAUUAGGAGAUGAUGAGGACCAUCACCAGCAUGAGCCGCAAGAAGCGGAACCCGCCGCCGAAGUUUCACCACCGUCUGCUGCUAGUGAAACGAUAUCGUCUCCAUCACCGCAGUCGAACGCUGUUGUCGUUGAUGAAUUUGCCGAAUGA